AUGGAUCUUACUGGUUCGAAGGUGGAAUGGCAAGUUGACCUGCUUUUGAGAGCUAGAGAAGUUGAACGAUCAGAAUAUAUUGACGGCGUGGCUAGCAUGGACGAAGAAUGCUUGGGUGGGAUAAGGAGGGUUGGCUCUGAGGAGGCCCAUGGCUUGAAUUAUAAGAAUGUGAUGUUAAGGAUGAGCCAGCAGGUCCAGUCAUCAGCCUCUGGGAAUUGGCACAAGGAGUGGUAA